AUGCACGGCAACCCGCCGGCUGAGUGGGAUUCGGGAACGCUGGGUUCCGCGCGGUCCAGCGUCGCUGUUCCUCUGCGUGCAUCUCCCGAGCCGGAGGUGCCGCCUGUCCUUGUCCCGCUGCCGCAGCCGCCGGACAUGGAGCCCCCAGUCCAGAUCUUCCGCGGUGAGCCGGGCCCCACCUGCUCCCCGAGCACCUGCCUGCGCCCCAACGGCAGCGGCUGGUUCCCGGGCUGGGCAGAGCCGGACGGUAACGGCAGCGCGGGCUCGGAGGACGUGCUGCUGGAGCCGGCUCACAUCUCCCCGGUCAUCCUGGUCGUCAUCACGGCCGUCUACUCCGUGGUGUUCGUCGUGGGCUUGGUGGGCAACUCGCUGGUCAUGUUCGUGAUCAUCCGAUACACAAAGAUGAAGACAGCAACCAACAUCUAUAUCUUCAACCUGGCUUUGGCAGAUGCACUGGUGACCACAACUAUGCCCUUCCAGAGCACGGUCUAUUUGAUGAACUCCUGGCCCUUUGGGGAUGUGCUGUGCAAGGUGGUCAUCUCCAUCGACUAUUACAACAUGUUCACAAGCAUCUUCACCUUGACCAUGAUGAGUGUGGACCGUUACAUCGCCGUGUGCCACCCUGUCAAGGCUCUUGACUUCCGCACACCCCUGAAGGCGAAGAUCAUCAACAUCUGUAUUUGGAUCCUGUCCUCAUCUGUUGGCAUCUCUGCCAUAGUCCUUGGAGGAACCAAAGUUAGGGAAGACAUGGAAGUCAUCGAAUGCUCCCUACAGUUCCCGGAUGACGACUACUCCUGGUGGGACCUGUUCAUGAAGGUCUGUGUCUUCGUCUUCGCCUUCGUCAUCCCCGUCCUCAUUAUCAUUGUCUGCUACACCCUCAUGAUCCUGCGCUUAAAGAGCGUCCGCCUCCUCUCCGGCUCACGAGAGAAAGACCGGAACCUGCGGCGGAUCACCAGGCUCGUGUUGGUGGUCGUGGCGGUCUUCAUCGUCUGCUGGACCCCCAUCCACAUUUUCAUCCUCGUGGAGGCCCUGGGGAGCACCGCCCACAGCACGGCUGCCCUCUCCAGCUACUAUUUCUGCAUCGCCCUGGGUUACACCAACAGCAGCCUGAACCCCAUUCUCUACGCCUUCCUUGACGAAAACUUCAAGCGGUGUUUCCGGGACUUCUGCUUUCCCAUUAAGAUGAGGAUGGAGCGCCAGAGCACAAGCAGGGUCAGAAAUACCGUUCAGGAUCCUGCCUAUGUGAGGGAGGUUGAUGGGGUAAAUAAACCAGUAUGA